AAACAAUUAAUAUUGAUCAUACCAUUGCAUUAAACCCUGUCCAACAUUUUUAACAAUUAGAAAGGGUCAUUACAAGUUUGAACAAUUACAAUAACCACAACUCAAAAUUGAUAAAGUGUCAGUAAUUUUAUCUAUAAUAUAAUGUAGUGAAUUUUUCUUCCUGAUUUCUAUGUUAGUGAGUGGUUAUACUGCUGUUGGCAUACAUGCUGGACUGGUAUGUACAGUUGCUAAGAAGAAAAAGUAUUGUUGUGAAGGAUGUGGACGUAACUAUUCCUAUCUGGGAGGGCUAAGAGAACACCAGAAGUAUAUUUGUGGCAAAUCUCCUCAGUUCAAAUGCCCCUACUGUGAUCAUAUGGUUAAAUUAAAACAGAACUUGAAUAAGCACAUUGCUCAUAAACAUUUAGGAUUGUUCACAGACAGUAUCAUAAAUCCUAUACAUUAAGAAAGAUAUUUUUAUAAAAUAUCACAGCGGAAAAUGUUGGUUCUCUUAGCAUCCAGUACGUUCGCUUGACCAAAAAGUAUCCUUGUCCAACAUGUGGUCGAAAGUAUACACAUCUGCAAAGUGUCGCCCAACACCUUAGAUAUGAAUGUGGGAAAGAUCCACAGUUCAUGUGCCCCCAUUGUGACUACAAAGCCAAGCAGAAAUGUAAUUUGAAAGCACAUUUAGCUCGUAAGCAUUUUAAGGUACUCCCCUGAAAAUAGUUGAUUUGUGUUUUUCAACAAAAUUUGUAUAAGCAUUUCUAGUAAAAAUUCCUAAUAGAUCACAAUUUACUGAAAUAAAUAUUUGUCAUCAUUAUUUAGCUUGUAUGAUAUUGUAGAUUCAGAUGAAUCUACAAUCUAAGAUGAGAUUCUGCCAACAACUGACGUAUGAAGUAUUUUAAUGUUAGUGUUUUAUAAUAAAAGUAAAAUAUUAUAUGUGCUGAAGAAUAAAUUGUUUUAUAACUCUAUUUAAUUAAUAAAUUUAAUAGUAAAUAAUUGUAAGUAGAAUUUUAGAUUUUUAUAAAGAUCCUCUGUGCUAGUGUAUAUUAUAUUUGUUAAUAUUUAAACUUUUUUAUUUAUUUAUUUAAUAAAUACCAUUAAUUAUAGCCAAAAGAAGAUAUUUAAAAACUAUUACUUGUUCUGCUGUUCUUAAUGGGUGUGAAACUUGGCAACUUACUUUAAAUGGAGAAAAACAUCUGAAUGUUGUUAAAAAUAGAGUUAUUUAAAAUAAAUGAAUUUGUUUGAAGAAAAUUGUGCUCAAUAGAGAAUGGAAACAGCUGCUCAAUGUAAGAUUUUAUGACUUUUACCAACUGAGUCUAAUGAAGCCUAUCUAAAGGUAGUUGCUUUAAUUAUUUGUUCCCUAUCACUAAUAAUGUAACAAAUGACAAAGUAACCGGUUAAAAAGAUUUUAAAUAAUCCUCUGAUUGUAAAUAAAAUUGAUCGAAGAAUAAUGACAAAGUCAUUGUUUUGUUUUUUUAUUAUGAAGGGGAGUGAGUUUGUUAGAUUAAAAUAAGUUAGUAGAAAAAAGUGGAACAGAAAGAAGUUAAGACAUUUUGUUUAAUGACAUCAGUACAGAACCUAUAGAUUCCCUUAGUCUUAUUAUCAUCGGUCAACAUUUUUGAUUUUUCUUAGUGUUGAUUUUCAGAUUGCAAUGAAUAAUACCUUCAAUAGUUAAGCUUUUCUAUUUUCAAAAUAUUUUACUUUAUAAUUAAUUUGUAAUUUAAUAUGUUACGGCGUUAUCUUGAAUGUUUAUUAUAUUUUAGUUUUUUUUCUUAAUUGCUUUUUUUUAUAUGUAUUUUAUUAUUUUUCAGUUUAUUUUAGAAGUUAUUAAACUGUUAUUAUUCUAAAAAACACUGAAGACCUAAUUUAUGGUCCUGAACGUAAUUAUUCUUCUAACAGAUUGUAUUUUUUAAAAAAAUUGUUUUCUUUAAGUUAUUCAAUAAGUAUGUUUUUAUUGAUGUAAUAUUUUAAAUGCUGUAAUAAUUAGGUUUUAUGAAAUACAUUCUUAGUUUUAAUCUCUUUGAAGUGUUUUUUUUCUUCUUUUUUUUGGAGUAAUAAAUUCCAAAAAUGGCAAAGAUGAUUAAGUUUUAUUUAUAUCUUAAAAAUUUCAAAAUAGAUUGCAGAUAGACUUAAUCAGUUGAUAUCAGAACCUUAAUUAUUACCAUAUUUUAUCUAUAUUAUAUACAUAACUAGUCAUAUGAAUAAAUUAUAAAAAUAUGUAUUUCAUGUCAUUGUUAUUAAACAAUAAAAACUAAUAUUUAAUGCUAGCUCAUUGUUACUAAUAGAGUGUUUGUUAAUUUUACAGCUCACUGUCUUAAACAAUUUGCUUGUCCAGACUGUGGUAGGCGAUACUCUCACCAUCAAAGUGUUUUGCAACAUCAGAAGUAUGAAUGUGGCAAAGAACCGCAGUUUUCAUGUCCUAAGUGUGAUUAUAAAGCUAAAAGGAAAACCUCUCUUAAGUGUCAUAUCAUUAAUAAACAUUAUAAAUAUAAUUAAUAUUAUCAAUAAUCAUCAAUUUUUUUCAUUAAAUAUAUAUAUAUUUUUUUAUUACUUUCUUUUUAUAUAUACUUCUGUAAUAGUUCAGCAAAACUAGAGGGGAAAAACUUGUAACCUGAACCUCCUCCAAAAAAAAAGCUGAAACUUUUUGAAACUUGUCCAUUACCUUCCUCCUCAUAAAUGGUAAAAAGUCCUAAUAUUGCCAUAUCAGGUUUAGAUGGGGAGGAGGGAGAGAAGGACAGAAAACUCAUUUUUUUAAAACUUCUGUGCAUAGUUCAAAAACUAUGAGGUUUAUCCCAAAUAUUACCAUUUACAAAAUUAAAGUACUUUAAAAUAUUUAUACAAGUCAUUAAGUGACAUUCCAUAACCUUAAAUCACUAAGAACUUAGAUGAAUUUUCUUUUUUACAAUAUUGUACGCUUGUAUAUCAAUCUGAAUUGAACUAUAUUUGAUAUAUCAACCUUUCAGUUGACAGAAUGAUUAACUCCAAUUUCAACAUUUUUGAAUAAUAUCAUUUUAAUAAUACUAGUGUUUGCCCAGUGGUCGAAAUUCGACCAUAGCCAUUAAAAAUUUGAGGAAAAGAUAUAAUUAAAUAAAAAAUAAAUUAAAUAAACAAAGAGUAAAUAACAAUUCAAAAAUCCUCAUUUAUUAAUACAAACAAAAUUAAAAUUUCAAUUUCAAUUAAAAAUAGAGCUUAAGUCAUUUAAAAUUAUUUAUAAAUAAUACAAAAUAGACUCAUUCAAAAAUUUUUAAUUUAUGUGUGUUAUUUUUACAAUAAAUUAAUGUUUUGAUUAAGCAAGUAAAAAAUAAAUUUAAAUUAGCAAUUUAAAUCCAUUUUUAUUCAGAACUUCUAUGUAAAUAAUGUUCUUUCUGAAUGUUCUGUUAUUGUUUGCUGCAUAGCCUUGCCCAUUACCAUUGAAAAU